GCGGUUAUGACGGCAGUAUGAAGAGAUAGCAGCAGAUUAUGGGCACCGUUAGCUCAGCUGUUUGAUUUAUUUAACGCUUGAUUUCCCGCCGGCUUUUACACGAACACAGAAAGAGAGAAAUGCAGAGAAUAAGGUCUUUAAACAUCGGUUGGCAGCUGCUGAAAUCAAGCUGUGAGGUAGCAGCAAAACAAGCAAACACCUCGUCUUUGACUUCAAGAAAUUAUAGCAAUCUCCCUCCUCCACAGGGCCCCAACUCCUUUGGGCUCCUCUUUGACAUAGAUGGGGUACUGGUGCGGGGCAGGACACUCAUCCCUGCAGCCAAGCAGUGCUUCAGAAACCUGGUCGACCGCAAUGGGAAAUACAAGGUGCCUGUGGUGUUUGUCACCAAUGCUGGGAACUGUAUGAGGCAGACCAAAGCUGAGCAUCUGUCACAUCUGCUGGAGGUGGAGGUGUCUCCGGACCAAGUGAUGUUGUCCCACAGUCCUUUGCGAAUGUUCACCCAGUUCCACAAAAUGCGCGUACUGGUCUCGGGACAGGGUCCUGUUGAGGAGGUGGCUCACAACCUGGGCUUUCAGGAUGUUGUUACUAUAGAUAAACUCAGAGAGGCGUAUCCUAUUUUGGAUAUUGUGGAUCACAACAGAAGGCCCAAAGACGGUAUUCCACCCACCAAAGGUUUACGGCCAAUAGACGCUGUCAUCUUAUUUGGCGAGCCAAUCAGAUGGGAGACCAACCUCCAGCUCAUCGUCGAUGUCCUGCAAACCAACGGAAACCCAGACACUCCCUGGAGUUCAAUGCACUACCCUCACAUCCCAGUGCUGGCCUGUAACAUGGACCUGCUGUGGAUGGCUGAGGCGAAGAAUCCCAGGUUUGGACACGGUAUGUUCCUGGUGUGCUUAGAGAGCCUUUACAAGAAGGUGACUGGCUAUGAUCUGAAGUACGAGGCUCUGAUUGGUAAACCCAGUGUGGUGACUUAUAACUAUGCUGAGCUGCUGAUCAGACAGCAGGCUGAGAGACUUGGCUGGAGCACGCCUGUGAAGACACUCUAUGCUAUAGGAGAUAACCCCAUGGCUGACAUAUACGGCGCCAAUCUCUACAACCGCUACCUCCAGGCUUCUCGGCACACUAAGGCCCAGAUGCAAGCUAAGAGUGGUGGAGGAGGAGCAGAUCCCCUGGCAGAAACUGUUGAUGAUGCCCCUAAAAUGACAUCAGCAGAACUAGGCGGAGCGUCGAGUGCGUACGGGGCAGAGGAGGAUCUCCCUGAGAGGUGCAGCUCCAUCCUGGUGUGUACAGGAGUGUACAGCAGAGACCAGCAGGAACUUCCCUCAGACACAACACAGACCGUCACCGAGCAGCAUAUCUUCCAUGGCCACAGGGACUUUCGCUUUGACCCCAGCCUCACACAGCCGUCCUUCAUCGUGCAGGAUGUAAAGGAGGCGGUAGAGAUGGUGUUCCAGGAGGAGGGCUGGCCGCUGGAGUAGGCUGAGCACCUGUGCUCUGUCUCAUAUCCGUCCAGCUCUACCAACCCUUAAUUGGCAGUAGCAGAAGCUUAGAGAGUGUAUUUUUUCUACCUGUGCCCUUGUUUAUGACAGGGGAGAUGUAGCCGCUUUGGUGGCGAGUCCUUCUAGGUUUUCAUAAAGUGCCAUAGGAUCAGCUCCAAAAAGCAAAAAUAUGCAGUUUUAGCACUAAUUAUAAGAUGGUCACUGACAUUUUAAGUUGUCAUGUAUGGUUGUGUGUUACAUACUGCUGCUUUUUUUUGUUUUAUUCUUCAUGAAUAACACACUUAUCACUGUUUGUAGUGGCCCAACCUACUGUGCAUACUUAAGUUCAUCAAGCUGGACUUCAGUCCUUUCUUUAUGUGCAACACGAUCAUUAUCAGCUUUCUCUUUUUUUGUAGUGCACAUUUGUUAAGAACUCAACUUUUGGGUGUUGAGUUACAGUUUUACUUCACUGAGAUUCUCUUAGUAUGUCUGUAAGUUCAUGGAUGAGAGUUUGGGGACAUUGUUCACACAGAGUUACACCAGAGGCUGAAAUAAUAUCCUUAUUGAUCCAGAAAGAGUACUAAAAAGUCACAUCUGCUGGUCUGUGACGAUAUGACAUAAUGUUCUGCUAAAAAUGUAUUUUAUUCUUUGCACAACAGUCUACCUAAAAGGGUCAUCUUGCCUUGCAAAUUAUACAAACCUAGGUCUUAUGUAGACCAGUUCUGCUGUUUAGUUGUUUCUUAACUGGUAUAUUUCAUCUUGAUUAAUUUUAAACUAGGGUGAAACCACUAGUGCUUAUGAGAAGAAGUUGCCAGAUGUCAGGUUUAGGACCUCAUCACUUUCAAUUUUAACCUUAAUCAAGGGUAUUGUCAUUAUUAGUUUUUUUUGUUGUUGUUGUUGAAAGAAAUGCUGUUUCAUUUUGUGAGAAUGUCACCAUUAAACAAAGUAUAACAGUAAAUAUAAAGGGUGCUAUUUUUCUGUGACACAGAAACAUUUUAACAGAUGUGUAUGUCUGUAUUAUAAGACAUGUGGCAGAAAUAGUUCAUUACAGUCACAAUGCCAGUGAAAAUGUCAUACGGUGCUUGUUUGUUAUGUUUGGAACUGACAGGUGUAACAAGAUUGUAUAAUUUGCAGGUGACUUAAACUGAAAUGAAAACGGUAGAACUCUGGUAAUGUAAUGUAUGAACCAUACUGUGGGAAAAAUCAAUUAAACAAAUGUGACACACAAA